AUGGCCUACCUGAACUGGAUUCGAAGCCAUCGUCCAUCCGCAGCCCCUUCCUCUAACUCCUUACUAAACGACCCCGAGCAGUUGUCUGGUGCAGUCAUUGUCCCCGAAUAUCCACAGCAAAGACAAUCAGAUUUGUUGGAAAGGUACAAAGAAGUUGAGAGGAACCUGCAACUUCAAACUGCAAAACAGUACGGGACAGCAUAUCCCUCCAGACCUUUCACGACGAUCCUCAUGACAGCCGCGCCUAUGGUCAAGGAUGUUGACCUCUCAAAAACUGUUUCAACAAACACCUCUAAAACCGGAAAUAGUUCUAGUCCCUACGGACCGGUCACAUCUGGUAUCAUUGGCCUUCUGACGGUGGUAGUCUCCUUCAUCACAAUCGGUGGAAAUGUGUUAGUCAUAAUGGCCUUUUUCCUGGAACGCAAUCUUCGAAUGCCCACUAACUACUUUAUCGCAUCUCUGGCGGUGACAGAUGUCCUAAUUGGGAUUUUCUCCAUGAAUCUCUACAGUCUGUAUUUAUUACUUGGCUACUGGCCGCUUGGCAGAUUACUCUGCGAUCUCUGGUUGGGUCUGGAUUAUACCGCCUGUCUGACCAGUCAGUACACAGUUUUCUUCAUCACACUUGACCGAUAUCUGUCGGUUAAAAUACCUGCAAAGUACAGAAAUUGGCGAACAGAAAAGAAGGUGUACGGCAUGGUAGCUAUCACCUGGAUCAUUCCUUCCUCCAUAUUUUUCACCACCCUUCUUGGCUGGCCCAAAUUUAGCGACAAAAAUCAUGUGCGUGAAGAUCACACCUGUUAUGCUGAAUUCUCAAACGAUCCUGUCUUCAACACAAUCCUCACUAUUUCCUACUUCUGGAUAACUCUAGCUGUCAUGACUAGUCUUUACAUAGGCAUAUAUCACGUAGCACUGAAUCUACAGAGGAAAUCUGAGGCAAAACGCCAGAAAGUGAAGAAUUUGGUCAAUAUGGCAGGACAGACAAUGUCAAAGUUAGGCGUGACAGAUGGCAUAGCAAGACAUGGCGAAACAAGCUACGAGGACUCCAGGGAAUUGAAUAGGAAAAGGAGCAGCAAUCCGAAUAUGCCCGCUGCCGCCUCGUGUGCGCUUGAGUCGGAUGGGCAGGGCGAAUACCCAACGAACAAUGUGCAAAAUUGCUACCCUAGGGUAACGGAAACGUCAAAGCCCACGGGGGCUAAUGCGGAAAGGCAGGCGAUCGGAAGCGGUCAAGUGACUAAGAGAAGCAAUCUCAUUAAUGAUCGACCGCCCGAUUACUAUGACUGCGUGAGCCCCUCAAAAACGAAUCAGAAUUCGGCUAUGGCUGACUGUCUUCCCUACUGUGGACCGAGUGAACCGGAUAAAACAACUGUAAAAGCAGCCGGCAAUUCAAGGCCAAGCGUGAUUGCCCCAUUAACACUUGCUAAAUCGACUUUCACCAAUGACUGUUGUUCAGAGGCUUCAACAAGUCAGGGUUCAUACUGCUCACCUGCGGCAUCACCGACAUCGAUUGUGGAGCCCCUUCUUACAGUUAUUCGUUCGCCCUAUUUGAAUGAUCUAGGGGAAGCAGAAACGUCUCUCGUUAAUGGCAGGCAUGAGCAAAGAGACGACUCUGGGGGACCACUUAUCUCAUUUCCGUCUUCGCCAGCAGUCAACAUUUUCUCCGACUGUGACUCCUCUGAAAACAACAGUCCAGUAUCUCUUGGCGGUCGCUUCAACAGAACCAUCCCUGACAUAAGACCCGUAAUCCUGACGUCUGAUUUGGCGUGCACAAGGUCGAACAGCAACCUACAGGAAUGCGGCCUUCUGCAGCCUAACCAGGAAGGGGCAUUAAAUUCUGAGAUUUCGAAAGCCACCCUCCCUACUUUGAAUACGGACACAUCAAUCAAUCCGUCAGAACAGAAUUUUAACAAAGACAUAGCCGCUAUACAACCAACAUCGAAUCGAAGUGAUUCGACGGACAGUCUUAUGAAGGUUAGUCCCUUCCUCAUAGCUCAACCGCCCAAUAAAGAAACGCGUGAAAAGCACGCGUUAUGCAAUGAAUCAGCGCCUGCUCUGCCAGCAGAAGUGUGGGAGCCGAGUGGAGCUGUAUGCGGUCAGAACUGUCUGCCUCUUGCAACAUCCGCCUCAGACGAUCGAACGACAAGUCAGAAUCCCAGUUAUAAUUCCAUGUUCGAAACCACCACGCCUAUUUAUUUCGACACGGGUACCUCAGACAGCAAUGCGGCUCUCUUAACAAAAGGGCAUCCCCGAAAUUCGGUCAAUAAAGCUGCACGAGCACCAGCAGUAGAAACAGCCAAUGCCUGUGGGACCAUCAGAGGACGAGGCCUAGGCAACUGCUUUGGACAGUCAGGGAAGCAGAAGAAUUUAUUUUUGCGAUCUGCCAGAUACGUUUUUAGCAGGCGCAACCAAGGAAAAAGGAGUCCAACUCGAGUUGAACGUGGUAGGACGGAGAAUAGGGCUCGAAAGGCCCUUAAAACUAUCAGCAUCAUUCUGGGAGCUUUUGUCACCUGCUGGAUACCCUAUCAUAUUUUAAUCCUAAUCAAAGGGUUUUGCGACGAUCCGGCAAGGUCGUACACUUGUGUUAAUGAUCAUCUGUACAGUGUAAGCUACUGGCUUUGCUAUAUGAACUCCCCAAUCAAUCCCUUCUGUUAUGCAUUCGCAAAUGUGCAGUUUAAGAAGACUUUUAUUCGUAUUCUUAAAUUUGACUUCAGACGAAGAUGAGAGGCAACCACUUCGACUCAAUGACUUCCACCGUAGCCUCCCACCAAGCUUUAAGAUUUGUACUUUUGUCAAAAGCAGAAACCGGUCUUCUUUCUUUGUUAAAUAGAACAUUCCUUGACGAACUUUCUCGUUCUUAAUUCAAAGGAAGCUAGGCACAUAUGCAGAAAGUCGGGCGCCCCUUGCCAUUGUUGUAUAAACUUUCAGCCAACUGGUUAGACUAGUAAAACGUUUCACGCCUGAUGUUUUUAAUAUUGAUUAACUUCUAAUGAUUAAUACUCAAAACUAUACCGAUCGUAUAAUAUUAUUUAUCUAACCGACUGCGUUGACCAAACAGGAAGUCCUUAUUUCAUCAUUUCGUGAUUUUUAUGUGUUUUCUAUGCUUAGAUUUGCUCGGUAGUGUUUUCGGGCUAGGGUGCAAGCAAUUCUUUUCUUGUGUUGGGUCUUUAAAAAGGAAAAUCUUCUGGCUUAUUAGAUUCAUUCAUUGAAGUGUUCAACCCAGGUAGUAUGAGGUACAUAUUGUAAAACCCACAUAAUGACAGGUUAUAAAGCAGAAGAGGUGUCAAAAAGGGACGAAAACUCCUUGAUGAUUAGCCGUCGUGCUUCAGCCAUAUUCAAACCUGAUGUAGAUGGCUCUGAUCAUUGAAAAAACCGAAUUGGAGGAAAGAUUUCAGCACGUUAAUUAGCAUUUUACAUCCCAAACAACAUAGUGCUGAGCCCGUUUUACUCUAUAAAUGCAUUAAAUCGUGAAACAUUUGAGAUUAUUGCGUGAUAAAUCCUGUGACUGAGAUGCCAUCAACCUUGGUCACAUUAUACUUUCCAACUGAUAUCUUAGUCUAUUUUUGAUUAAAAGAGGAUCUUCCCUCCAGAAGUCAAAUAAAGAUACCUAAAAUUUGCCGCAAAUCUUAUAGUCUGACAGCCGUGUGGAAGUAUAGAAACAAUUGGCAUAUUUAGAGGUACACUGAUGGUAAUGGACGGAUGCAGGUAGGCUCAUCAAGCACGACAUGAUUAUCAUUAAAAUAUUAGCUUAAAUAGGUGUUUCAUGAACAUCGUCUGUAGAGCACUUGAAACGAUGUAUAAAUUCACUUGAUAACUAACCCUGUUAUAACAGUGUCUCAACAAGUUUCUUUCGUUUUCCACCUCACAGUUAAACGAUUGCCAAACUGCAUAAAUUUGGAAGCUCAACGCAGUUUAAAUAAUGUAGCCCAAAAUUUAAAAGCCCUUUGGGAAAGUGCAUGUUAAAAAGCUUUCAGUUCACUUCACGGAUAAUUUCGUUAAAAAUUCGCUUGAACUUUUUCUACUUUGGCAAGCCUAGCAUUCAAAAUGAACUGUUUAUUUGUGGUGGGGUUUAAUUUCUCCUAGUUCCCUGGUAAGAAUAAUUGACUACUUGAAUCGCAGAUCCCGAAAUUCGUUUGUCUCUUGGGUUCCUCGUAUAUAAGGCCAUUUUUGCCUACCUAGCUUUUACCAAACCGUGUUAAGUAAUUUUCAAGUACAUCAUUCAGAGGUUGUCUUUUCUAUUGGCCUUCUGUAGUUUGCACUUGAUUAAAACAUGUUGGAUGGUGACGAGAUAAAAAUUUCAUAUAUAUCUGGCAUAGUUAUCCAAAAGCUGGUGCUACGCAUAAUAUUUGAAGGAUUUUUUAGACAUAAGUUUUGGCCUAGACGUUUGUCAGGAAAUACAAGAAUUUACUUGGGAUUUUUUAGCAAAGAAUUUUGUUGACAGCACCAAAAAGUUUCUUUUGCCUAGACGUACUCUUAUUAUUCAGGCUUGGUGAGACUGCAUCUAGCUCUCUUCUGCCACUCUUUCGAUGCAUAGCUUUAAUAUAGUGCCUAUCUCUCUCUCCACAACGAGUACGUCGAGGUUAAGCUGUCCGUAGUUUUCGAAACUUCACUAUUAAAAUAGGCGUUACUGAUACAAACGUGAUCAUGCAAUUAGGUUUUUAUCAAAAUAACAUAUUUUAUAGCAGGGAUAAGGUAGCAUUUAGUAGAACUGCAGUAGAUGGCCUUAUGAUCGCUGCUUGACACAUGAUUUAACAAUUCAGUAACGGUCACACAAUUUGUAAUAAACAAAUAUGUUUUCGGCCCCAUUCCCAUAUAAAUGUACUCUCCUAACCAGAAUGUGUCGAGAAGAAACGUAUCCUUGUUAACUGUUUUUCUAAAGUAUUUCUUUUAGGGACUUAUUCUAGCCGUAAAUCAAAUGAGGGAGUCAGCAGAAAAAUAAAUAAUUUGAAGUGCAAGAUCGCUUGCCAGUAAAGUAAGCGCAGCAACAGCUGAAAUAACGUUUCUCCGCGUUUCUAUGCAGAACUGUUUUUUAGGUAUAUGCAGACUUAAGAUGCAACAUAUAAUUAUACAGAGAAGUUUUGAAGAAUUUCAAAGAGUCAGAACUCUGCAAGUGUGACAUCUAAAUCCUACUUGGAUAACUAAACGAGUGCUUUCUUAUAUGCUGUUAUUUGAAAAGGAACCGUGUUUACCAUUUUGCGGCCUUUUAUAGUCAACUGCCAUAAACCUUUAUCAGGUCGCGGUGAUAUUAACUGUUUACGUCUAACUUGGGGCUUACACUGCUCAGUGAUAAAGGAUUCUAAAAAUGGCAUACACUACUCUGUGGAAUAUUGUAGCUUGACUUAAAAUUAUACGAUUGCCGCUUUUUGAUUAAAGGUUAACUGUUCUGCGCAGAUAAACUGAUGUUUUUUAUCAAAAUAUGGACGAUGUAACAGUUAGUUUGAGAAAUAGGCAACGACAUGUUAAAGGAACCCAAACACACACGACGAGCCAAAGUUGACUGUGUUACAGGAAAAAAUGGUAAUAUGGGUUUGAUGGGCGGCGCCUGCGUAUGCAUAGUGGAAAGGGAGGAUACGUAUAGAUAACUGGUAAAGUUGUUUCUCAGGCGGAAAAGUUUUAAUGCAAUUAUAUAUUGCAACCGAAAUUAAGCAGUAGAAUUUUUAAAAAACCAUUGUCUAUAACGAUCGCUUUUCAAAUUUCUGAACUGCGGUCAUUGUAGAUAAUCCACCAGACCGUCUACAACAGAUGACCCAACCUUGUACGACAAAACACCAAACCGAAAUAAUCGUGUCGGAAAACCAACUAAACUGAGUAUAAUGGGUAUCCAUUUUAUGCCAUAGAUGCUUGGGGUCCUUCUUCCAAUCCGUAACGAGAAAUAUUUUAGUCGUAACUGACUUAGUUAAAUAUACGUAGCAACUGCUGCCAAACAAUCAGAAGACCGCUAAACUGCUUGGUCUGCUGCGAAAUACGGAGGUUGUUACAAAAUUUCAGCAUGCAAUUUGCUCGUUUUGUAUGCGAACUUCUCACACACUGGUAUGCUUAAACCAUUCAGGUCCACCGGGUAGCCCCGGUUGCGGCGUAUUUGUUUGGACAGUAGUAGCAUCGGGUUUUUAAUUAGGCAAGAACUAGGACUCAGAAGUCACCAAGUUGAUAUAUCAGUUUCUUUGCCCACUGGUCACCGUUUUUGUCUCAAAGACUAUGAAUGUUUUAGCUAUCUUUAUAAAAAACUACGUAUUCGUCCCAGCAUUAGCUUAUGUAUUGCAGCGAUUGGAUAAAAAGCGUCUUACUGUCUGACCGAACAGCAAAGCUUUCUCAUAAUAUCGCCAGUAUAUUUACAUGCUAUUCUGCUGUAACUAUCGGAUACCUUUGCACAAGUCCUUUACAUCAUUGCUUUAAGCGUCCAAAUAAUUUAAAGCCCACUUCUUUAUAAUACUGUUAAAUGAGGCAAUCCAUAGCCUCCGAUAUAAUUUUGAACAGAAAUUAGUGGUAGCAAUUUGCUAUAAUAAAAAACAUAGACGAUAGCCACAAAUCAGUUCAGCAUCAUCGCAUAUAAUUUGGCGAAAUUGUGUUCUGAAAAUGUGGCCAUAAUAUAAUUCGUGCUUGUAUCUUCUGUGAAUAUAUACAACUAAGUUCCUCUGCAGUGUUAGUUCAGGGCGCUGCCGCCGAAAGUUUUUUUACGAACAGUUAGUUAGGGAUAUUUAACAUUUAUGAAUGGUUCGAUCGUUACUAAAUUAUAUUUUAAAUAUAAAGCCUGCCGGUUUAUUACUUCUGAAAAUAAGCUCCGUCAUUUUCCAGAGGUAUUCAGAUACUGUUUAACUCAACAGUUUCAAUUAUGCACAAGCAGAAUUCUGAGAGAUUUGAUAAGAAAUGACGCAUGACGGGUGACAUUAGAAAGUCAGGGACAUACAAAACAGAACGAAUUUUGAAGUUCAUUUAGACUAAUGUUUUUUCUACGAUAUUCAAUAUUAAAACCUAAUUUCAUACACAGUAAUAUGAAAGUCGUGAUUAUUGUGGAAAACAUUCUAUCCUAGUUUCUACUGAAUGAAACUGUCAAAUAUUUUGACGAUCUUUCUUUGCUCAUCCAACGUUGUGCGGUUUUGGUUUAUCUGCGGGUACAUGUACGAUCUUCCUGAAAUUCGCUUACAUCUAGUUUCAUCUCCCUUUUAAAUUACGUGCGCGUUUACUCACAGUUUUUUAUAAUAAUUUAUACAUACACAGUUUACUUAUGGUGCAAUAGGUCAGACGCGGACACCGAUCAACAGUACGUCAUAGGCCAUAUGGAAUGAGGCUGUAAGUGAUAAUGCCAUUAGUUGGGCACGGUAAGUAGGCUAUCCGGGAAACGAAGAUAGAAGUAUCCCAACAGUUACAAACUAGCAAAUAAAAACAAAGUUGUCAACAGAUAAAAAUGCACGUGCUAGGUCUUUGUCUUAUUCAAAGUUGUGUCAAGGUAUUUUCCAAGAGUAUUAUAACUGAUUAAAACAAAACGGACUUGAAUGUCACUACAAUAUUCCCCCUCCCAGGAAAAUGGAGUUCAAAAAAAAUAUUGUUAAUAGAAGGAAAAUAUGGGAGUGUUAUGCAUAUUGUACAAGUAGGUAACGGUCUGGGAAAACGGACAUGAUGACCGCUGCGCGAAGGCGGAGGAGUCUGUGGGAUAAGGGAAGACGCAACGUUAUUGGGCGUGAGUGGAGUCUGGGAAACAGCAACUGGCAAUGUGCCGAGUGGAGGUUGUUCGGUUGGGGAAGUUGAAGGAGGCUCGGUAUAAGCCGCCUUCAAACGAUAGACUGAGACCACGUCGGUGCGGCCUCCACGGUCAAUUGUAAAAUGCUUGUCCGUUCGAGAUAGUACUCGAAAUGGGCCGUCAUAGGGCUGUUGUAGUGGCUGACGAACGCUAUCUACACGGGCAAAUGCAAAAGAACAUGUUAGUAGGUUCGGGUCGAUGUACGACUUACUUGUUCGAGCACGUGGAGGUGGGGCUCGAAGAUGGGUAAUGGCACGGCGCAAUCGUUGCACAUAAUCGCUGGCAUCCAAGUUGGCUUAGCUUUGAGAGUACCCGGAAAAAUCACCUGGAAUCCGUAGGGUAGUACCGUAGACAAGUUCGGCAGCGGAACACUCCAAGUCGGGCUUGAGUGCAGUGCGGAUACCGAGCAUGACCAAAUGCAAAUGCUUGCUCCAUGGUGAUUUUUUCGGGUAUUCUCAAAGCUCAGCCGACUUUGAUGCCAGCGAUUAUGUGCAAAGAUUGCGCCAUGCCAUGCCUAUCAAUUUGGCAAUUGACCCUCACUGUUGUGGUGGGGAUCUCAUUGAAUCCCAUUUUGUCCACCCGCCAGCUCUCUACUGAAGACAAAGAACGUCGUGCCAUCGGGCACAUGUCACAUAAAAUACACAAGCAGCUCAAUUAG